CUACGUAGGCAGCGCUGCCAUAGAUGACGGGCGUUUAGCGUUCAUCCGGCAGGCACAAGAAAUCUAGGAGGUGUUGUCUUCACAAACGUUUUCUUUAGGUGGAUUGAGUCGAGCCUAGCCAAAGCCGUUCCUUUCGUCCAUAAAGUUGUAAAAGUGCCAGACAUGGCCAAGGAGAAGCCCGCCAAAGCGCCCGCUGUUUCCUCCAAAGUGGACAAGGUGGCUGCACCUGCAGAAGUCAAAGAGGGCGGCCGGAAAAGGCCGCUGUGCAGGUUGUACUGCAAGGCAGUGUUUGUUGGUUACCGGAGGGGCCUGCGCAACCAGCAUGAGCACACAUCCCUGCUCAAAAUUGAAGGUGUUGAUGCACGCCGAGACACAGGAUUCUACCUGGGCAAGCGUGCUGUCUUCGUCUACACGGCGAAGAACAAGACGCGGGUGCCUGGUCGCAAGAAGCAGUACUCCAAAGUGCGGGCCAUCUGGGGCAAGGUGACGCGUGCUCACGGCAACAGCGGCAUCGUGCGUGCCAAGUUCAGGAGCAACCUCCCCGCAGCCGCCAUGGGACGGCGGGUACGCAUCAUGCUCUAUCCGUCUCGCAUCUAGGAGACAAUAAAAAAGUGAUUAUCACAC